AUGGCGGCCGAGGUCAAGCGCGGCAUCGUCGGCGUCCGCGGCACAUGGAUGUGGCGGGACCGCGAUGUGGUCGUCGCCAGGAAUGGCGAACUCUUGGUUUAUCGCAAAGGCACGACGACCCUCAAGCUCAAGAUCCAUUUGUGGGACCCGGCCGUGCAGAUCACGUUUCACGCCGACGACGCCCUUCUUCGAAUCAAGACGCGGUGCGACGACGUCCUUUUCGACUGCAAGGAGACGAGCCACCGAGACACGUGGCUCGCCACCAUCUACACUGUGCAGGCUAUGGCACCGCCGGUGCCGUCGUCGUCGUCGCCCGGCGUCGUCGCGCUGGACGACUCGGACGACUCGGACGACGGCGACUUUGAGAUUUACGCCGAUGAGACCGAGACGCUAGCGGCCUUUCAGAAAGUACGCCGCUCGAUCACGUGCGACCUCGGCGUCGAUGCAAGCGACGGCAACGACACGGCGACCGUCAACGAGGCCGAGCAAGCCAAGCACUGGAACGCGCUAGCGGCCUAUAUCGAGCACGUGGACGGCGCCGGGCGCAGCGUGCUACUGCACUGGGAUGUUCUUCUCGCCCUCCCGGUCGGGCUCUCGAUGGCCAACCUAUUGACGGCCCUCGGUGAGCGCAACCGGCCGGCGUCGUCGCCAACGACCGCGCCACAAGGUCGACGCAAGACGUCGGCGUCGCAGAAAACGCUCGUGACCGCGUUUGUGCGGGACCUCCUCUUCCACCAUACGUACGGUCACCGACUCGGCAAGGACGCUCAAAUGGCGGCCAACAUCCACCUCAUUGACAAGUAUUUCCCUCACUGCCGCCUUCGCCGGUUCAGCAACUUGGACGACAAAGAUGUGCCCGUCGUCGUCGCGGCCACCCAGCUCACCAAUAGUCCAGCGCCGCCGCCUAGCGUCCGGCUAUUACCCCAGCGUGGCAACCGGCACAUUCUUGUUCAAUCGGACAAGAACCCAUCGCCGCCGUCGACGCCGCCACCUCCUCGUAGCCUCUCGCCGCUCGCGACGCUGCAAACGCUGCGGUCUCUCUUGGAGAGGCACUCCAUGACACCCGAGGCAUUUGCAGAGCAGUGCACGCUCUUUCACCGGUCGCAGCUCGGCAACGUCCCGCUGCCGACCUUUCUUGGGCCUGCGACGUGCGAGCAAAAGGCGAUUUCAGAUCACUUCAACAAGCUCACAGCCUACCUGGUGUGGUCUGUCGUCGCGGAAGAGAGUCCGCUCGAGCGUGCGCAGGCCAUCGAGACCAUCACGGCGAUCGCGGUCGCCGCCAAUGGCCACGAACUCAACAACUUUCACCUGGUCAUGGCGAGCAUCGGGUGCCUCGGCGACACGCCGCUCAUGCCGUCGCGCCUUCCAGCCACGUGGAAGCGCGUGCGCGCCAAGUGCAAAGCACAGCUGUUUGAGCUGCGGUCGCUCUGCGACCACAAUGGCGGCUUCGAGACGCUCCGGAAGAAACAGCUGCUCAUGAGCGGGACCGCCGCGACGUUGCCGUUUCUAGGCGUCGUCGGUGCGACACUGGAGCGACUCCGCACGACGCCGCUCUUUACCGCCGGUCGCAUCGACGUCGAGAAGCUCACGCGGCAGUACGACGCCCUUCGCGUCGUCGAGAAUGCCCUCGAGCGCAGCUAUGUCUUUCCGGCCCACGACGGCGUCCAGGCCUUUCUUCAAGGACUGCCACCCCCGAUGGACGGACUGCAGUCCCGGUCGCUCGCGCUCCAAAGCAUCGAGGCGUCGUACAUGUCUUCGUCCGCCUUUCGCGUCGCGUCGUUCGGUGACAUACCCCCGCGGCGUUCGUCGACGUCGUCCGAGGCGAACCGCGUGGUGCCCUUCAAAUUUGCGUGCGCCCUGCAGCACACAGUACCCGUCGCGAGUGACCGCCUCGCACUGUACAUGGAGCUUCUUCUGGUUUCGGACAAGACGCCCGUGCUCAAGCUUGUGCAGAGCCUCUUGCGCGACGUGCACGAGUCGCUCUUUCUAACCUCGACACAAGCGACGUGCGACCUCCUCGUGUCGCGCUGGGACGCGCUCUUGACCGCGAUGGUGACCUACUGCCUCCCGGAGAUCAUCGAUGUCGUCGGACCGGACGGUGCGCUCGAGCCGCUGCUCUACGAGAGCGUGGUCCGCGCGGUCUUUCCCGCGUUCGCGCGCAGUGUUUACUGCAAAGUGGUCGCCGAGCAGGCCCCAAUCACCAAAACGACGCGCGAUCAAUCGGCGCAAGUGCACCCGCUGGACGCGUUAUUGGCACCACCCAGUCCGAUCCAUGCACUGCAGCUCAUUGCCAACGUACUCGCGACCUUCCCCACGACGAUCGCGGAGCACGAGUUUCAGAAAUUGCUUCACACGAGCCGUGUACCGAGCCCACGCGCACUGCGCGUCUUUAUGGCGUCGUCGCUCGACCCAACCAGGCUCCGAGACGCACUGCGGCAAGCCCUUGCAGUAUACACGCGUUGCAUUGUCGACUUGGCAGAGUGAGUAGAAUGACCAAGUCGUCCUGGGCUGCUUGCACCGAUAACCAGAGUUCCUCGUUUCAAACGACGGAGCCUUCCAUGCCCUCUCGCGGCAUCGCGAUUCGCGUUCUCAUGUGUCGGAGGAGCUGUACAU